CGUGAAGAUAAGCGGCCACAACGCACCACUCCCGCGGUUGACUAAUCUCCGCGGCGGGUUCGCGCCGUACGGUGCCCGGUUCCUGGUUCGGUAGAACCGCCGCUCAUCUUGCCUUUGAUAAUGGAUUGAUUGGAUGAAGUGAGAGAUUUUCUGUGGAGCGGUUUAUGAAAAUGAAUUGCUCUCCCUGCAUCCCGAGAACGGAACGGGCGGGAGCACCGGAACGGGCUCACGGGGAACAGAUAGUGACGCGUGACAGCUGGUAGCUCUGUGCAAUUAUCGUAGAUCAGUGUGGUGAGAUAAGCUUGCCUAAUUUCGGUACUGGUGCUUCAUGCUCAUGCGGAACUAGCAAAGAAGAUCGUUAAUUAGCGGCGCAACAAGGGAUGCAGAGAUGUCAAUUAUCAUAACGGGGAUGGCUGUUUGGAUUGGGCAUGAUUGUAGAGUUCAACAGGUUGACGGUGUCCCGAAAUUUGAAAUCGCACUAUGAUUUGUCAUCCAUCAAGCGCUGGCACGAGAGAAGAGAACCAUGCCAUCAAGAUGCGAAGAAUGCAGAACCGGUUUAUUAAACCAAUCGUUCCUGAAGAAGCAAAUAUGUUCAUUUUGCAGUCAGGUUUCAUCAUUCGUGGUGGUCAAACGCAUUUGUUUUUGUCUGGUUUGGUAAAGAUGAACAUGCUUUUGCUUGUUCUGUUAGUGACAGUAAGCUCAGUCCAGUGUACCGAUUUCUUGGACGAUCCUCCUUCCGAUUACACGGUUGGGAAAGGGUUUGAAGAUUGUGCUAGUCGUUUCUCAGCGAUAUGGAAGAUCCCAUUCAUCCAGGGACUCGGUGGAACGCGUGCGUAUCAAGGCGAGUUUCAGCACAUGGCAGCGAUCGGUUGGACAAGAUCCGAAAACAAGAUCGAUUACUUGUGUGGCGGUAGUUUGAUCACAUUGAAGUUCGUCUUAACAGCGGCUCAUUGUGCAGUAGACUAUGAUAACCUGCCUCCGGAUACGGUACGAUUGGGAGACACCGAUCUCGCCAGCACAGAUGAUGAUGAAUCCGCACAACAAAUUCCAAUCGCCCGCUUCAUCAAACAUCCGCAGUAUCGGGAGUCUAGGAAGUAUUUCGACAUUGCCCUCGUCGAACUGGCGAAUGUUGUCGAUGCGGACGAUGCGGUUUGUGUAGCGUGCGUAUGGCGUGAACCCGAAGCGCCCACCAACUUACUGGACGCGGUUGGAUUCGGAGCUCUCGGAUUUGGGGAAAAGUUGAGUCCAACAUUGCAAAAGGUACAGCUGCGUGCUUUAAGUGCCGUGCAAUGUGCUGAACGGAUACCGGCAAACCGACGUCAGAUGCCGGAAGGACUGCGUGACGAUCAGCUGUGUGCGCACAGCAAAACGAUGGACACGUGUGAGGGCGACUCGGGAGGUCCACUGCAAACCGAAGCGCUCGAUGUGUUUGGCGAGACGUACCCACUCGUGGUAGGUGUGGUGUCGUUUGGCACUCCCUGCAUCGAAGGUUCUACCGGUGUGUACACAAGGGUCAGCUCGUAUGUGGAUUGGAUCGAGAAGGAAGUUAAUCAAUCGCUUAGCUAUAAGACCUGUACCGGAGUGGGAAUGUGCAGCCGUAAACGCAAUGUUGCCGUAUCAGCCACUGUGAGACCUAAAUGGCCAAUCAAUCGCGUGGGAUUGCUGUGGGAAAGGGAAGAAACCGAUAUUUACCAGUGUGGUGGACUUUUAAUCGAUUUUCAGUAUGUUCUUACAUCGGCGGAAUGUUUCACGUCCAGCAAGGGAUUUCCAAAGUUUGUGUCAGCAGCCGCCGAUGGUGAUCGUGUACCGAUUGCCGACGUGUUUGUUCAUCCACAAUACAGGCGGAAGGGGGUAGCGUUCGAUAUAGCUCUGAUCAAAUUGCGUAAAUAUGCAAACUUGGAAGAGACGCAGCCAAUAUGUCCAAUGAUUGGGAAGCAGUUAGCACAAUCCAGCCAUAUACCUGUUGGCGUUGGAGCAUCGACUGUAAAUCGUCGGUUUCAUUUGCAAUAUUUCAACAGCAGUGCAACCAGCUAUGUGCUCCAAAUUUCAGCGCGUGAGCAAUGUACGUUGGAUAAAAAAGCCAAUUGGACGGAUCUUGUUUGCAUUAAGCGUAACAUUUCCUUGGUACCGGACACAUGCAAGGUUGAUUUUGGUGGUCCAGUGUUGAUAGAGGAGCGUGAGGACGUUUACCGCGCUUAUGGUGUGAUCUCCCGCAGGACAAAGGGAUGUGGAGGUGAUGCAAUUUUUACCGAAAUUGCACCCCACCUGCAGUGGUUAGAAUCAAUCAUGUUUAAGCAGUUGAAUCAAUGGCUUGUGUUUGCCGGUUAGAGUACCAGUUUGCGAUACGAUCGACGUUUGAGCCAUUUCAAUCAUGAUAUAUGUGAUCAACAGCAACACAAUGAGAUAAUAAUAAAAUAAUAAUAAAUAAUAAUAAUUACUAACGCAUGCUUUAUCAAAUAUCUGCUAUAUCUGAAUAGCAAAUGUCGAUGCAAUAGUUUGAGGAUCAAGCAAAGGCGCCGCAUACUACAGCUAGCAGCCGCUAGAGAGUGUUGAAUGUACACCUGUAACUUAAAACAAAGUAACUUAAAAAGGAACUUUUGUGAAAUGAUUAUGGUUAAUUUUCUUUAACAAGGCACGGCGCAACAUCCACAUGAUUGAGAGUAUAGACAGUACUACAGCAUUAUACUACUGAACUCGACUACUGAACAACUACCUACCGGUGAAAUUUGUCUUGCGUGCGUGCGGCGUGAACUGUAAGCUCCUGAUGAUGGAGUCUUUAUUAGGAAGAAAGCUGAGCUCAACUCUGUACAAAGUGGUACUACAUGCCCUAAACGAAUCACUCAAUAAAGA